UAUACAAUAUACAAUUUUUCUACUCUUCUACUCUCCAUAUUUAAAAAAUAUUUGCUGAUAUACAAAUAUAAUUACACCGAAUUAUUUCAUUGCGAAUCUAAAUUUUAACUAAACAUUCUACGUUCGAGUUUGAUUGUGUAUAUUUGACUACCUUCAUGUUUCUCGCUAGUCGAUCGUCUUGUUACAUACUAUACCGAGAAUUAGGUUGGGAAGAAAGUGUAUACAUCAAAGAAAAUAUUGAGUUCCAAUAAAAUUUAUUAAACAUCAAAUAGUGAAAAAUUAACGCUAUAAAACAUGUCAGAUCCAGAACUUGAAGCAAUACGACAACAACGAUUAGCUCAGUUGCAGUCACAAUAUAAGAGUAAUAAUGUAGAGAAUAAACAAGCAAUGGAGGAAAAAAUGCAUCAAAUGGAAGACAUGAAGAAUUCCAUUCUCACCCAAGUAUUAAGUCAAUCAGCUAGAGCAAGAUUAAAUACAUUAAGUCUUGGAAAACCUGAAAAAGGAAAAAUGAUAGAAGAUAUGAUAUUAAACAUGGCUCAACGAGGUCAGUUACCUGGUAAAUUAGGGGAAAAAGAACUUAUCAGUUUACUUGAAAGCGUAAAUCAACAAACACAACGAAAAACUGUUGUGAAGUUUGACAGACGAAGAGCAGCAUUGGAUUCUGAUGAUGAUUUAUAGCAAAUACAUAUAUUUAUACAUGGUUAUCAAACCAUGACAAACAGUGACAUAACAUUCUCUGUUUAAUUUUUGAACAGGUAUUAACAUUACAAUACAACUGUACGCUUAAUUAGUCAUAUGUUUUUAUUUUUUAUGAUAUAUUGAAAUAAAAAAUUGAAGUCAGGUAUCAGGAUUUAUUUUAA